AAUUCAUUAACAGGUUUUUUUUUAUUGUGAUGCACAUCAUAUCAAAACGAUGAAAAAGUUGACUCUGUUUCAGCUUCUAUACGGCUUGUUCAACUAUUGUUCAUCACAAACUGUGUAUCCAAACGUGUGCAUGGACAUUUCUACAGAUUUAAACAGAAUUGUUCGAAAUAUAUUUCUCGAAGGAUUUAUCGAGUUUAAAAAAGACAUAGCAAAGAUCAGAGCAGCUCAAAAUCGAAAAUGGUCAGAUGAUUUCAAAGAGACAAAAAAUACCAUAAAUAAAUUAGACGAAGAUCAACAAAGAACAAAAAACUCAGUUACAGAGCUUAGAAGAGAAUUGUCAAAUCACAUAUCUAGAACUGAAUCUCUGGUGCAUGGAAACAGAGCGAUAUUCUUGGAGAAAAUGACAAAUCUAUCAAACGCAAUUGAUGACAGAGAUCAACGAUUCAAACUAAUGGAUACAGAAGUGAUCUCAUUACAGGACAAAUGCACAGACCAGAAAGACAACAUAACAGAACUGAGAGAUACAUUGAAGAUGCUGUUAAGGGAGCAAGAGUGGAUGGUCUCUAACGUUUCAGAGCUGCAGGGUAAAAUGCAGGAAAUGCGUGACGCGAUCUCGGUCAUACAUCAGCAGUCUUCUGUACAACUGAAUCACACUGAAGAUUCCCUUAGAAGAUUUUUUGUUGAAAGUUUUCAAAACAUAACCAACGAGUAUUCUGGAAACCUUCAAAACAUAUCUAAGCAAAAUGUAACGAGCCUUUUUGAAGUAGUUUUCAAACAAGCAGAUGCUGCUGUCGCUCUGAAAGAGGAAAUGAGAAAAUAUGCGUUGAUGAUUGAGCGCCUUCAGGUUGAAAUCGGUGAGCUGAAACAAAACAUCACUAUUAACAAAGGUAGCACGCCCUCUUCACCUGUCACGUGUCCUAUUGGAUGGUCCAUGUUUGAGACUUCCUGUUACAUGGCUGUUAACCAGCAGCUGUCCUGGAACAACGCCUCGAUGAAGUGUUUGAUGUCUGGUUCAAAACUUGUGGAAAUAGAAACAAAGGCGGAAAACGAUUUUCUGACAACAAGCCUUCAAAACUUUAAGACCGGAGAGGGCUACUGGACAGGAGGUAAGGAUGACGUCACGGAAGGUCUAUGGGUCUGGGUAUCGUCAGGAGCCACCUUUGGUUUCUUGGACUGGAAUCAAGGAGAACCGAAUGAUCAUGGUGGGCUCGAGGAUUGUUUGGAGUUAUAUAAAAUUAGAGGUCGCAAAAAACAUUGGAAUGAUAACUCUUGCGAAAAAUCAUUUAAUUUCAUCUGUGAAAAAGAUUUAUAGAUUUCAGAAAGUCAACCAAAGAGCAACAGCCAUCUGCUAUCUAAUGCUAGUAUAUCUAGAUGGAGUAACGGCUACACGCGUGAUCUUGUAAGCGACUGUACAUAGCUAAAAUUUUGGAUAAUGAUCAAAUAUCUUUUGUCAAUAUGUUUUAAUGUUUUUGUUUCUUUGUAAAAAUGUUUUUUAAGAAAAACAACUGUAUUACAAUACUCAUCUUAUUUUUGGGCACAGUAUGAUUCGAUCAAUGUCAAUAAAAAAUAUACACAAUUAAAAAAACCAGAUUUCAAAUACUAAGCAAGUUAAAACAGGUGUUAUUUCUAACAAUACGUAUUUCAGCAUUAAGGUAACUGGAAUGAUUUACUCGUAUAUGUUUAGUUUAAUUAUAUAUUAUCUAGGUUUCAAAACAAAAACAAGUAAAUUAAUGUAGAAAUAUAGUUUCAAUAAUAUUUGUAAUAUGACGCUGCUUUUAUUCCUUUUAUGACGCUUAUAUUCAUAUGAAGCAGAAUUAAUUCAAAAGCUUGUGCAAGGAAAGAAAAAAACACUUGCUGUGGCCUUCAACUCGACAUUUAAAUGUAUUGAUGAUGUUUUAUCUAUUAAGAAAUGUUACUAUUUCUCUUAUAUUAACUCGUAUAUCCCAGUGAGCUCGAAAUAAAAGAUACCACAUAU